AUGUUUUCUACCAGCUUGUCUAUCGCACCCCUGCUCGGAAGAUGGUGUUGCACGCUUCUCUGUAUCGCACAGAGGACUUCGAUGGGUGGUGCAAUAGUGAGCAGCCACACUUUAUACAGUUAUGCACUACGCUAUCUUGCUCAAAGUUCAAGCAUACACUUGUAUGAAGCAUUUUUCGAUCUUGACAAUGUCAGGACGACAAGCUCUACUGAAGGGUGCCUAACUCAGACGUCGUUGGGUUUGUCCUUCAGGAUUGGAUGGCUCUUUCUUUUUCUUACCCCGAAAGAAGGCGUUGGCUAUGCCGGAGGGGCGAAGGAAGCUUGGAUGGGCAAUGCCCAACCAAUUUGA